CCGCACCCACCCCACGCCGCGCCGUCUGCCCGUCUCGUCUAUUUACUGCUGACCCCCGCCGCUGCUGCUGCGGCCGGUACUCCCCUCCCUCGCAUCUGCCCCCGCGGCCCACGCCCAGAGCGCUUCCGCUCUGCUUUCUCUACACCCGCCGCGGCCGCGCCCCCCGAGAUCGGGAUCGCCCGCCGCCCUCCGCCUUCGACAUGGCGCCGUCUCUGCUCGGGGGGUUCACCAAGUCGCUGGCCAUGACGGUCCUCUCCGAGAUCGGGGACAAGACCUUCUUCGCCGCCGCGAUUCUGGCCAUGCGCCAUCCAAGGAAGCUCGUCCUGGCAGGCUGUUUGACCGCAUUGAUAGUGAUGACAGCUCUAUCAGCCUGUCUGGGUUGGGCUGCACCAAAUCUGAUAUCCCGUAAAUGGACUCAUCAUGUGACCACUCUUCUGUUCUUUGGAUUUGGCAUUUGGUCAUUGUGGGAAGGCUUCAAAGAAGAUGGAGACUCGGAAGAAUUGGCUGAAGUGGAAGCAGAGCUGGAUGCUGCCUUUAAGAGUAACAAAGGUGAAUCAAAAAAUAAGUCUAAGGCAAAUGAGGAUACGAAAAAACAGCAAAGACCGUUUCUGAUGCAGUUCUUUUCACCAAUUUUUAUAAAGGCAUUUUCUAUUACAUUCUUCGGUGAGUGGGGUGACAAGAGCCAGAUUGCUACUAUUGGCUUGGCUGCUGAUGAAAACCCAUUUGGCGUUGUGCUUGGUGGAAUCAUAGCGCAAGCACUCUGCACUACUGCUGCUGUUCUUGGCGGAAAGAGCCUAGCCUCACAGAUAUCUGAGAAGAUGGUGGAACUGUCAAGUGGAGUACUCUUCCUGCUAUUCGGCAUCAUGUCAUUGCUCUCAGGGCCAGAGGGAGAAUUGUAAUACCUCCUGGAAACCUUAUUCAGCAUGGCUGAUUAACAAGCUUUCUCUUGUUAGACCUAUCAUAUUUCAGUAGAUGAAUGAUGGCGACGAAAGCCAGCCAUCCAUGGUGAACUGGAUGGCGAUUCAUUAGUUUAGACAACAACUUGUAAACAUUCACUCGCCGUUCAUAAAUAACUACGACAUGUUACUGAAAUCUGUAGCAAAUUGCAGUAUGUUGUGCCCAGUGCUUGAAAAUCUUGAGGAGGUGCUGCUGACAAUAUGAAGUACGAUGCCUUUGGUACUGAAA